CACCAAAGAGGCCCAGUGAUUUGGCCGAUAGUAACCAAUGGUUCAUAAAAAAUGGCCGAAGAAGUCAAGCAAACAACACAUACAUCUCUAAACUAGGAUUCCCUCUUUGUCUCUCUCCCUUCAUCUUUGUCUCUCCUGAAAGUUCACUCACUUUUCUCUGCCAAUGGACAAGCAGCAACAGCAGCUGUUCUUAUCAAAGAGCACCAGACAGCGUUGCAAUGAAUGGAUUUUUCGAGAUGUUCCAAGUGAUAUCACAAUAGAAGUAAAUGGAAUCACAUUUGCUCUACACAAGUUUCCCCUCGUCUCACGGAGUGGGCGAAUUCAGAGGCUAGUUGCAGAACAUAGGGAUUCCGAUAUGUUAAGAGUGGAGCUUGUUAACAUACCUGGAGGUGCCGAGUCGUUCGAGUUGGCUGCAAAGUUCUGUUAUGGCAUUAACUUUGAGAUAACAUCCUUCAAUGUGGCUCAGCUCUACUGUGUUUCCGAUUACCUUGAAAUGACCGAGGAGUUUUCGAAAGAUAAUCUUGGCUCUCGUACCGAAGAGUAUCUCGAAAGUGUCGUCUGCAAGAACCUGGAGAUGUGUGUUGAAGUUUUACAGCAGUGCGAGAGCCUGCUUCCUCUUGCAGAUGAGUUGAAGAUAGUUAGCCGUUGCAUUGAUGCGAUCGCCUCAAAGGCUUGCGCUGAGCAGAUUGCGUCGAGCUUCUCUCGUUUAGAAUACAGCAGUUCGGGCAGACUUCAUAUGAGCAGGCAAGCGAAAUGUGAGGGAGACUGGUGGAUAGAAGAUCUUUCUGUUAUUCGGAUUGAUUUGUAUGAAAGACUCAUUACGGCUAUGAAAUGUCGCGGCGUCCGUCCCGAAAGCAUUGGCGCAUCCCUUGUGAAUUUCGCACAAAAGGAGCUGACAAAGAAAUGCAGCUUGUGGAAUCCGUCAGGCCAUACGAAGGUUGAUUUGGUUUCGACUGAUCAUGAACAGCUUGUGGUCGAGACAAUUGUUAGCCUUUUACCAGUUGAGAAACUUGCAGUGCCUAUCAGUUUCCUAUUCGGGCUCCUUAGAAGUGCAGUGAUGCUUGAUUGCUCUAUUGCUUGUAGGCUCGAUCUAGAGCGGCGGAUCGGAUCACAGUUGGAUAUCGCAACCCUUGACGACAUUUUAAUUCCAUCUUUUCGACAUGCAGUAGACAGUACCUUAUUUGAUGUCGAUACAGUUCAAAGGAUAUUAGUGAACUUUUCACAGCAAGAUGAUAGUGAAGAAGAUAUGGAUGAUGCAUCAGUUUUCGAAUCCGAUAGUCCUCGAUCACCAUCCCAAACUGCAUUGUUUAAAGUUGCAAUAUUAGUGGAUAAUUAUUUAGCUGAAAUUGCUCCUGAUGCAAACCUCAAGCUUGCAAAGUUCAUGGCAGUUGCAGAGACAUUACCCGAACAUGCUCGGACUAUCCACGAUGGGCUAUAUCGAGCCAUUGAUAUUUACCUGAAAGCUCAUCAAGGCUUAUCAGAUGAAGACAAGAAGAAGCUCUGCAAACUGAUCGAUUUCCAAAAGCUCUCACAAGAAGCUGGUGCACAUGCUGCACAAAACGAACGACUUCCUAUCCAAUCCAUAGUUCAAGUUCUUUAUUUCGAGCAAUUAAGGCUUCGAAACUCCUUGUGCUGCUCGUUUCCCGAGGAUGACCCCAAGCCAGUGGUGCAUCACCAUUCUUGGAGAAUCAACAGCGGAGCACUCAGUGCGGCAAUGUCCCCAAGAGACAACUAUGCAUCUUUGAGGCGAGAAAACCGGGAGCUUAAACUCGAGCUUACUCGGAUGCGGAUGAGAUUAAACGAUCUGGAAAAAGAUCAUGUUUGCAUGAGGAGAGAUAUGGUGAAGUCUCGUUCACAUAAAUUUAUGAGAUCUUUCUCAAAGAAAAUUGGUAAACUAAGCUUGUUUGGACAUAGCUCUUCAAGAGGAUCAAGUUCCCCUUCAAGGCAGUCAUACAGAACUGAUUCUAAGGUGAUUGAAAGAACAUGUGCAAGCACUGAUUAGAUGUUUGAAACGGGUUCUUUUCCCUUUCUUUGUCGAUAAAGGCCAUGGUUUUCGGUGACCGUCUAUGUUAAUGUUUUUUGAACUUUUUUUUAUCACGGUGGGGUCGUUGUUAAUCCCCGGAUGGUUGCCUUGAUGCACUGAUUUCAGAAGACUUUCCUCUCCUUCAAUGGUUGCCAAUCAUUUAGUUCUUCAGAAAAUACCUGUAAGAAACUGUCAAGGAAGAAUAUAAUACAUCCUGUUG